AUGUCUCUCUUUCUCUCUCACACAUUCUAUCUCUUUCUCUCUUUUCAUUUCUCUCACUUACUCUGUUUCUCUUACCCUGUCUUUCAGUGUAUUUCUAUCAGUUUCUUGCUACUCUUUCUGUUUCUCACUCUCUCACUCUGUCAAUCUAUCAGUUUCUUUCUCUUCUUCUUCCUUCCAGUGUAUUACACUUAUUUUAUCAUUCUGUUUAUGACUUUCUCCCUGUUUCAGUCUCUUUCACACAUAAAACACAUACUCUCUCUCUCACUCUUUCUCUCUGUCAACCUAUCUCUAUUUCAGUUUUUCUUAUUCCUCCCUUCUCUCUCAUUCAUUCUAUAUCUGUCUCUCUUACUCUCUGUUAGCCUCUCUUUGUCUACCUUGCUAUUUCUCUAUCUUUCUCAGUUUGUCUGUCUCUUUGUCAGUCUCUCUCUCUCAAUCCCUCUGUCUCUGUCACUCUCUUUCACACAUAAAACACACUCUCUCACAAUUUCUCUCUGUCAAUCUAUCUCUGUCUCUAUUUCAGUUUCUCUUAUUCCUGCUCUCUCUCUCUCUCUCAUUCAUUUUAUAUCUGUCUCUUUUACUUUCUCUUUCAGUUUAUCUUUAUUAGCCUCUCUUUGUCUAUAUUGCUCUCUGUGUCUCUCUUUCUUUUUCAGUCUUUCUCUCUUUCUCUUUCUCUGUCAGUCUCUUUCACACAGUCUCUUUCUAUCUCUGUCUCUUACUCCACCUCUCUCUCAUUCUAUAUCCACCUCUCUUGCUCACCUUUUCAACCUGUCUUUUUCUUCCUCUGUCUGUCUACCUGUCUGUCUUCCUGUCUCUCUUGACAAAGAAUCUUAA